UUCAGGUGGCCAAUACAGUGACCUGCUAUGGCACCAGUUACUCAGUGGGAAUGAUCUUGCCCUACGGAUCCACAGGAGGGCUUCCAGACUUUGUUGAACUGAGUCUAAUCUUUAUUGUGCACGGCUUACCUGUAUUUGCUGUGAAGUGUCUAGGGUCAUGGUACAUUGAGCAUCUUCGGGCUUUUGAGUUGGAAUCCACAAGACAAGUGACAGUCGUCCAGCAAGAAGAAUUAACAGACUCAAACCCUCUUGCAGCAUAUAUUGUUGAGGGAAAGCGAUAUGUCACUUUGAAGCGUCACAUUCCCAUGCAGGAUUAGACUCAAUAUGUCUGCCAGACUUCGGGUCAUAUUUCAGGAACAAAUACGCAAGCUUAACUUGCCUUCUGGAAUCCCCCAGACCGUGGAGGAGUUGAAGAAUAUUGUACGAGAGACAUUUGAAAUUGAGCAAGAUUUCAGUUUGCAGUUCCAGGACCAAGAGUUUGAUGGACAGUUUUUCACUCUCUUUGAAAGUAAGGAAAUAAAGGACAAAGACACCAUCAAAGUGGUUCUUUUGGAAAAAGAGGUCAUCUUAACAUUUGAAGAUUGUCUGCAGUCUCCAAGGCUCCGAGAGAGCUUUGGAAGCAGUUCUCUUGAUUCAUCAGAAGAUGCUGGUCCCUGUUCUGCUGCAUCCAGUGAUGUCACAAUUCUGAGUUCUUCAAGAAGCACCUCCUCCCUUCGUUCUGAGUUUUGGCCUGCUCAAUUUGAGAUACCUACCUUCUCCCUUGACACUGAGCUUAUUCUACGAGCUGCCAAUGAAGCUUAUAAUAAGGAUGGAACUCUACUCAGCAAUCCUGCUGUUAAAUCCAACAUUUUGGACAAACUAGCAGAGUCCAUCUUUGUCUAUACUGCCUAUCCUUCUCGAGCGCAAAGGGAGCAGGUUGCAGAGGCCCUGGUCAAGAAGCACCCAUGCCUGAGAGACCCAGUGUCCUUUAAUGGUUUAUAUGCUUGGCACAACAGCUUGAAGUACAAGCUCGGCAAUUACAGAGCAAAGGUUAAAAAUCUUGGACUGCCAGAGCUAAAUGUAAACUGUCUCAAGAGAAAGUCAGCUACUGAUAAGACUCCAGCAAAGAACUUAAAAAAGGCAAAGAAAUCUGAGGUUAACUACCUCCCACCCCACCCUCUAGGGGAAACUGAUGAGACCCUUGAAAAAGAAAGAGUAGAACUUCUCUAUGAGUACAAGAAGAGAGAUAAUGACAGAACCAUCAGUGAGAAGAUGGCAAAAACAUUCUCUCUCCGUCGAAAUGACAUCAUCCUGAGUAAACCACAUGUGAUUGACUUUAAAGCCCGAUGGCCUGCCCUCUUUGAGCCUUCUCAGAUUGAGGAGGAGUUCCGAAGAAUCACACUGAAGCCAUUACAGUCCACAUUCCUGGGGAAGUUGGACCAGCACUCAACUAAACUGCUCAGCCUGUACAGGAAGAAGGGAGGCGCUGUUGGGAAGAAACUGAAUUCAACUCUUGACAUGUUAAAUGAGGACAACAGCAUUGAGUCCCGAAGAGAAGCUGUCAUAAGAGGCCUUAUUCUCUAUCUUGGAGAAAAGAUGGAGGAUUUAAUCAGUGACUACAAGAUUUAUGAUGAUGACGAUGCUGCAGCUGUCCAGGAGGCCCUUCCUACAUUUGUCCUCAACAUCUUUGUGGUCAGCAAAGCUGGGAACGAAAGCCAAAAGCAAGCUGGAAUAGCCAUUGAGGGAGCUGAGGUACUUUUUGGUAUCCCCGAUGUGGCACAUGCUUGUGCGUACCUCAUGGGCCUCAUCUAUGCCCUGGAACUACAGUACCCUAAGAAACUGAAAUACACCUUUGAGGUCUUUCAGAAGAUUUUCCUGGAGCAGGAAGAUGGGAAUAAAAAAGUCUCCUCAAAGGUACAUGAUCUCAAGAUCAGUCUUCUUGCCUGAAAGACGCACAGAGGUCAUAGACGGUAGAGGGUUUGUGGGAGCUCCCUGUAAAGCUUGGCACCUUUUGGCACUUUUUGGUUUUAUACUACAGUUUCUCAGGUUAUACUAUAUACUAAGACUGGUGUUUACUUAACGUUGUGGAGUCAUUUUUUUUUUUUUUUUUUUUUGCACUUUAAAUGGCUCCAGUCAGCUAAACCAAAAAAUUUUUUAUUCUGCUUUAUGAGACUUUCUAAAUGAGACUUUCUAAACAGUAAGACAUUCCAGCAACAGGGCUGGGCGGGCUGUACUUCCACUUGUAUGGUCACGAUAUUGUCUCGACUUUGGUAAGAUCAACCAGCAAAGUCUAGGAAAGUGGAAAAAUAUGCCAUGUUGUUGGAGCUGAAAUGGCUAAAACAUCCACUUUGGAGGUUUGUUGGUUUUUGUCUUUGCAUUAUACUGUUAAGAUAAUCCUCAGUAAAAUAUUGGAUUUUUAUUGAGGACAAAAGCACAAAAUGAGUAAACAACAGGUGCAGCUGAAGAAUUUAUCAAGCGGUGACAGGAGGAAUAAAGUGCUCUGAUUGGCUCAUUCCAUUCUUACAUGUGAGAGCAGCUUUUUAAUUCCCAGACACUUUUGACUGAGGAGAAAUCAACCAAAAGGCCUCUCUCUGCAAAAAAAGGACUUCAGAUUCAUGAUGUUUUCCACACCCAAUAAUGACAACAAAAAUAUUUCAGUGAAAAAUUACAUAUUUUAGUUUACCUUCCCUUUUAAGGCAUGUUUUGUACAUGUCUAAGUUUCAGCUGUAUUUUCUAUAGAGCUAGUAUGUAAAUACCUGCUUCUAGCAUCAGUCCUGCACCUGUGAGAUCUGACCGAACCUUGAAGCUAAACCAAAUUUCUUUUAUUCUGCUUUUUCAUAUAUAUAUAUGGUCCUUGUGAGCCUGUUUGUGUUUUAGUUUGUAAAUACAUUUAGGCAAUGGACUUUUCACAAUUGAAAAAAAAAAAAAAAUUGUUUGGAAAAGAUUUU